AUGGGGUUGAAAACUCUGUUGGAUCCUCUCAUCCAUUUGGAUACCAGUGCCAAGAACUAUCUGCUUGCAUCUGAAACUCACAGUGUCAUCAAGUUGCUCUUCCAAGCUCUGCUUGGCUACAGGAUGUCCCUUCUCUUUACGGCAAUGCCCUUCAAUUCAUCCACUAUGAUCACCAAGCUUGGUUGCAAGAUCUUGGUACUAUCAGUAGGUGCCUUCUCUCCCGCUCCCGAAACCAAGGGCUGCAGCCUAGAAGGCAGGGACGCCAUCUUUGGUGCCAUGUCAGCAGAGGAAUGUCAAGCUCACAUCACUAAACAAGAACAUGACUACGAGAAGCAUGAUACCAUGUCUGUUCACCCAAAUAACACUGAGAAGGUUCAAUGGUUUUAUUCACUGAGAUUUUAUGGCAGUUGGACAAGGAUAUACAUACAGUGGCACACUCCCCAAAAUGGGAUAAGGCUCAUCCUCGACACUGUGUUGAGGAUGAGAGGAUGA